AUGUCACUUCUCCAUACGCUCCUCGCCCGAGACGAGGAUUCAGGCCCUGCUCCUGCCUGUGACACCGGCAACGAGUAUGAUGGCCGGAUGGGUCUGCGUAUCUCCUCGAUCUUCGUCAUCAUGAUCGGCUCCAUGUUCGGCGCCUGCUUUCCCGUUCUUGCCGGCAGUUAUCGCCAUUCAAAGGUCUUCGGAUGGGCCUUUUUCAUCGCCAAGUACUUCGGUUCCGGUGUCAUCAUCGCCACGUCUUUCAUCCAUCUCUUGGCCCCCGCACAUGAGUCUCUCACCAACGAAUGUCUGACCGGCCCGAUUACGGAAUACGAUUGGGUCGAGGGCAUCGUUCUCAUGACCAUUGUGGUGUUGUUCUUUGUCGAAUUGAUGGUUAUGCGCUACGCUCGAUUUGGCCAAAAUCACUCCCACGAUGAGUUCGACGGACAUGGUCACGACGACGACUCCGUUCAGCACAGUGCGGAGGUCGCCGACUCCAAGACCCACAUGCCCGGUGAAGACCACCUCGGCCACUCGCGCGAGCACAAGGACCUGGAGGCGGGCGCGAAAGCCGCCGCGCUGGAGGAGUACAUGGCGCAGCUGACGUCUAUCUUCAUCCUGGAAUUCGGCAUCAUCUUCCACUCUGUCUUCAUCGGACUGACUCUGGCAGUGUCCGGCGCGGAGUUCGUGACGCUGUACAUCGUUCUGGUCUUCCACCAGACCUUUGAGGGCCUGGGUCUGGGAUCCCGGUUGGCCGAAGUACCCUGGCCCCGUUCGAAACGCUGGACGCCGUACUUCUUGGGCAUUGGCUUCGGGUUGUCCACUCCUAUUGCCAUCGCCAUCGGACUGGGAGUGCGCAACGCCUAUCCUCCGGAGGGAAAAACGACGUUGAUGGUCAACGGCAUUUUCGACUCGAUUUCCGCGGGUAUCCUCAUCUACACGGCGCUUGUGGAACUCAUGGCGCACGAAUUCAUGUUCAGCCGGUCGAUGAAGAAGGCUCCCAUCGGGCACGUCCUGGGCGCGUUCGGUCUGCUUUGCCUGGGUGCUUUGCUGAUGGCCUUGCUUGGAAAGUGGGCUUAA